AUGGACUCGUCGCUUCAGGCUCGCCUGUUUCCUGGUCUCACCAUCAAGAUCCAGCGCAGUAAUGGCAUAAUUCACAGUGCCAGUAUAAGCACUGUGAACUUGGAGAAAUCCUGCGUUUCAGUGGAAUGGAAAGAAGGAGGAGAUACAAAGGGCAAAGAGGUAGAUUUUGAUGAUGUGGCUGCAAUAAACCCAGAACUCUUACAGCUUCUUCCCUUACACCCGAAGGACAAUCUUCCCCUGCAGGAGAAUGUAACGGUUCAGAAACAAAAGCGCAGAUCAGUCAGCUCCAGAAUCCCUGCUCCAAAGGAAGGUCUCCGAGGCCGCUCCACUCGCAUGUCCACUGUCUCAGAGGUUCGAAUCACUCAGGAGAAUGAUAUGGAGGUGGAGCUGCCUGCAUCUGCAAAUUCCCGCAAACAGUUUGCAGUUUCCACUGGCCCCUCUAGGCCCUCCUGCCCUGCAGUGGGUGAAAUACCAUUGACGAUGGUCAGCAAAGAGGUGGAAGAGCAAGUCCACUCCAUCCGAGACAGCUCUUCUGCAAACUCUGUGAAGUCAGUUCGGAGGAAAUCAUGUAUUGUGAAAGAAAUGGAAAAAAUGAAGAACAAGCGAGAAGAGAAGAGAGCCCAGAACUCUGAAAUGAGAAUAAAGCGAGCUCAGGAGUAUGACAACAGCUUUCCAAACUGGGAAUUUGCCCGCAUGAUUAAAGAAUUUCGAGCUACUUUGGAAUGUCAUCCACUUACUGCGGCUGAUCCAAUUGAAGAGCACAGGAUAUGUGUCUGUGUUAGGAAACGCCCACUGAAUAAACAAGAGUUGGCCAAGAAAGAAAUUGAUGUGAUUUCCGUUCCUAGCAAGUGUGUCCUCUUGGUCCAUGAGCCCAAGUUAAAAGUGGACUUAACAAAGUAUCUGGAGAACCAAGCAUUCUGCUUUGACUUCGCAUUUGAUGAAACAACUUCAAAUGAAGUCGUCUACAGGUUCACAGCAAGGCCACUGGUACAAACAAUCUUUGAAGGCGGAAAGGCAACCUGUUUUGCGUACGGCCAGACAGGAAGUGGCAAGACUCAUACGAUGGGUGGAGACCUCUAUGGAAAAGCCCAGAAUGCAUCCAAAGGGAUCUAUGCGAUGGCCUCCCGGGACGUCUUCCUCCUGAAGAAUCAGCCCCGAUACCGGAAGCUGGACCUGGAAGUCUAUGUGACAUUCUUCGAAAUCUAUAAUGGGAAGCUGUUCGACCUGCUCAAUAAGAAGGCCAAGCUGCGCGUGCUGGAGGACGGCAAGCAGCAGGUGCAGGUGGUGGGGCUGCAGGAGCGCCUGGUGAGCUGUGCUGAUGACGUCAUCAAGAUGAUCGACAUAGGCAGUGCCUGCAGGACCUCUGGGCAGACAUUUGCCAACUCCAACUCUUCCCGCUCCCAUGCCUGCUUCCAGAUUCUUCUUCGAACCAAAGGGAGAGUGCAUGGCAAAUUCUCUUUGGUGGAUCUGGCAGGGAAUGAGCGAGGCGCAGACACUUCCAGUGCUGACCGGCAGACCCGCAUGGAGGGUGCAGAAAUUAACAAAAGUCUCCUGGCUCUGAAGGAAUGCAUCAGGGCCCUGGGACAGAAUAAGGCCCACACCCCAUUCCGCGAGAGCAAGCUGACACAGGUGUUGAGGGACUCCUUUAUUGGCGAGAACUCAAGGACCUGCAUGAUCGCCAUGAUCUCACCAGGCAUAAGCUCCUGUGAAUAUACUUUAAAUACACUAAGAUAUGCCGACAGGGUCAAGGAGCUGAGCCCCCACAGUGGACCCAGUGGGGAGCAGCCAAUUCAGAUGGAAACAGAAGAGAUGGAAGCCAGCUCCAAUGGGGCCCUGAGUGCAGGCAAUUUCUCCAAGGAAGAGGAUGAACUGUCUUCCCAGAUGUCCAGCUUCAAUGAAGCCAUGACUCAGAUCCGGGAGCUGGAAGAAAGGGCCAUGGAAGAGCUCAAGGAGAUCACACAGCAAGGGCCGGGCUGGCUGGAGCUCUCCGAGAUGGCUGAGCAGCCAGACUACGACCUGGAGACCUUUGUGAAUAAAGCAGAGUGUGCUCUGGCCCAGCAAGCCAAGCACUUCUCAGCCCUGCGAGAUGUCAUCAAGGCCUUGCGCCUGGCCAUGCAGCUAGAAGAGCAGGCCAGCAAACAAAUAAGCAGCAAGAAACGGCCCCAGUGA